AUGGCGGUGCUAUCCAAGCCAAUCCCCCCACUGUACACGGUCUACGUCCUUCGAUCAACCGUCCGGCACGCCUCGCUGUAUAUCGGAUCUACUCCGAACCCUCCCAGGCGCCUGAAGCAGCACAAUGGCGAGGCACCCGGUGGCGCCGCGCGGACGGCUCGGAACAGCCUGCGGCCAUGGCAAAUGGUCGGCCUGGUGACUGGCUUUCCCAGCAUGAUAGCUGCUCUGAAAUUUGAGUGGGCGCUGAACAACCCUCACAUCUCGUUGCAUAUACCGUCAUCAUCACGCCUGACGGUCUCUACAUCAAGGAAGAGAAAUGGCCACCCAAGGCGACCUCCACUCAGCCAGUCCUCUGUCAUUUCCAAUCUUCAUCUCUUGCUUCGGGUCCCGAGCUUCGCCCGCUGGCCGCUGAAGUUGCACUUCUUUGCACCAGACGUCUUCACGGCUUGGGAGAGAUGGUGCAACCAGUCCAAGGAAACGUUGGGCGCCAGCCGACAGGUGGUGACGGACUUUGGACCAGGCGCUGUGACCACUGCGAGCUCGGCACAGGCAGGAGCAGACAGCACGGCGGAGGAGAGCUGGGGAAUCCACUCACUGCCGCUGGAUUACGCCCCCGUCAAGGGUUACGUCGCCAAGGGUCGCCAGCUGUUUGAUUUUGAGCAGCAAGGAGACUGCGUGGUUUGCGAGGAACCCAUGCGCCCCGACGAUGGCCUGUACGCCCUGUGCCCCAACGAUGGUUGUGAUGGCGUGGGGCACCUUCGUUGUUGGAGCCGACACAUGCUCGACAAGGAGCCGCGCAGCGCAGACGAGCCGAUCAUCCCUGUUCAGGGAAGCUGCCCCAAAUGCGGCAGUGACAUUGAAUGGGGCCAUAUGAUGAAAGAGUUGAGCCUCCGAGUCCGGGGCCAGAAAGAGGUGGACAAGCUUCUCAGAACCGGGAGAGGGCGAAGCAGCACCCAGCAUUGA